AUGACUAAUUCUUUGACUCCACAUUAUAAAGCUGCUCUUAAAAUGAAAAUACAAGUGUCUUAUUUUGAGAAACUUAUGCAAGAAUGCAUUAUAAAUGAAUUAUUACCAAUAAGCACUCUAUGGAAAUGGAAUGAAAUUGUACGUAAAAGACAAAUACUAGAAUUUUAUGGAACAGGUUAUUUAAAAGAAAGAAUUACAUUAAAAAUAAUUUCAUCAUUUGAAGUAUGUAAUUUGAACUUUCUUACUAAAUUACGAGGAUGUAUCUUAAAGAAACGAGGGGAAGUUUUUGAUUUAUUAAAACUAAAUGACUAUCUAACCUAUAAAAAAGAUGACAACCAAAAGGAAUCUUUUAUGAUAGUUUUUCUUGGAGAAUGUGGAUUAAGAAAGAAUCUAAAUUCAUUAAAUUUUGAAAUGAAAAGAUUGAUUCAAGAGAUAGAAUAUUUCGUGAUUAACUUUCUCUUUGUGAAAGGGUGUAAUGAUUAUUUUGAUUCACCUUUAAAAAUUUUAGUUCUAACUCCUUACCGAAGAAAUUACUAUUUUAAAAAGAAAGCAAAACCACCUCAUAUAGAUAGUAUCAACAUAAGUUCCUUAUUUGAUUUAUCAACUGAAAUUUGA